AAAUGUUUUUAUUGUACUUAGAUUGUGUAGAACUGAGCUGUCGUGGGAGGCUGUUGUCUCGCACCGCCGGUGACGGCUGGCAAGCUGCUUGCGGCGAGGGGGUGGAGAGGACCCAGCCCAUAAUAAGCACUGUCCCUAAGUUCAGCGACUCAGCGUUGUCUUUUCCUUGCCGCGCCUUCUGCAGUUUUUCCACGCCUGCUGGCGUGUCGUUAUUUUUAAGGAUAAUCUGAAGGGCGGCCGCAGAACACCGAUCAAUCAGCCUCCACGGCCCUCCCCUGCAGAUUCCAGAUGGCUCCCUCCUAUAGCACCACCCCCCAGCCACCAGCCCCUGUCCCAAAAAAGGAGGAGAAAGAUGAUCUUGCUGAGCUGAGGCGCAAUGGCUUCUGGGCGGCAAUCAUUACCAUCGGCAGCUAUUGCUACGGGGAGUACUUCAUCGGGAGAGUCAUGCCACCCGACCCCCGCCAGGACUCGUGGAUUAUGAUGCGCUCCCCCGUGCCUCACCUCCUCUUCUCCCUGCUGUACAUCGCCGGCGUCACCUACUGGGGACCGCGCUACAUGAGCACCAGGAAGCCUAUCUCAGGACUCAGGCCCUACAUGAUGGCCUACAACGCCUUCCAGGUCGUCUUCUCAGCCUACAUGUUCAUAGAGGGCGGACUCUCGGGCUGGCUCACCAACUACUCGUGGGUGUGUCAGCCGUGUGAUUACUCCAACAACCUGCAGGCCAUCAGGAUGAUGUACAUCGGGUUCUGGUACCACUUCUCUAAGUUCAUCGACUUUAUGGACACAGUGUUCUUUGUGGUAAAUAAGAAGAACCAGCACAUUUCUCUCCUCCACAUGGCUCAUCAUGGCCUCAUGCCCAUCAGCACCUGGUAUGGCAUCCGCUACCACCCAGGUGGACACAACACAUUCUUUGGCUUCCUGAAUGCAUUUGUCCACACUGUGAUGUACCUGUACUAUCUGCUGGCAGCCAUGGGGCCCAGUGUUAGGCCCUUCCUCUGGUGGAAGAAAUAUCUCACCACCCUACAGAUAACGCAAUUCACAGCAGUCUUCUUCCAUGCAAUGAUACCUCUUGUGGUGGAGUGUAAUGUCCCUGGUGCACUGAUUGGGUGGAUUGGUUGUAUUGCAGUCCUCUUCACAGUUCUCUUUGCUGACUUUUACAUCAAGGAGUACCGUAAAAAGGGCAUCAAACAGGCAAAGGUGAAGGCAGAUGAAGAUUCUACUUUCUCUUCUAACAACCACCAUGUCCUGGAACACACCCAACUCACCACCAGCACCAUGAACCCCAACAGCACCACUCACAGGGUUGUGUAUGCUGCUGCUGCUGCUAACGGUGUCUCCUAGAAAUCAAGCCCUUUUCACUCUGAAGGCCUGCGUCUCGAGGCAUGAUAAGUCACAGAUUGAUGAAGUCUCCACCAAGAAUUCUAGACUUCUAAGUAGUCUACACAUAUUCUACGAUCAAUUGUCUACAGAUGGUGAUAGUGAGGAGCCAUGCAAAUUUAUUGUGUCUUUAAUUUAUGCAUUAUCACUUGUAUAAGUCUCCCCUUCAAUGAACAACAAGCAGGAACAAAAAUAAUAACGAAGGAAGAGAGUUACAAAUUCCCAUAUCUAUUAACUUUCACCAUUUGUAGAUUACUAAUCGCGGAUUAUGUAAAGACUCAAACUGUAACGUCUAUCAUGGUCGUGACCUAGGCCUUCCAAUCGGCAUUGUUGGGGACUCACCAAAGAGAGUAUACGAUCAUUAUACUCUCCUUGGAACCAACCCUCGUGUGCGGUAUCUGCAUAGCAGUGGCAAACUUUCUAAUCCCCCUUCAAUUUUUCUUUUUUUAAAUUUCAAUUAAAUAUACUAUACCAUAAUUUUACAUGUAGUACACAUUUUUUUGGCUUUGCUUCGCAAAGUCGCUCCUUACUUAUUUCUUUACAUCGACUAUACUUUCAUUAGUUUCAAUUCACACACUACUGUAAUUUAAUCCUGACUUUCUUUUCAUGAGCACCUCUGUAAUCUCUUCCCAUUUAGUCUUGUCAGCCUUUCUUUCUGUCUGAAGUUUAUAGCCAUCUCACUUUUUUAUAUAGCCCCUACAUUCACAGUUUUUUAAAGUUUUUACAUAAAUUUUGUAUGCACACUAACCUUUCUUUACUGUUUAUUAGUUAUCUCUACAUUCUCAAUUUCCCCACCAUCAUUCAUUUCUUUUCUUUCUGUUGAUAGCCCAGCCAGUUCUCCCCCGGGGUGGUUUAAAUCAUUUGACUCCCAACAUAAUCACUGUUGUUAUCUGCUGAUCAUUUAUGUUUUGUACAUUUCACCUUUCAUCCCCACUAACAUUCUCAUCAUCUACAGGGAUGAUUGUGUGAUCAAUUUUCUCAGUGUAAAUAGAAUAAGCCUUUUUUUGAUAUCAUGGUUAUGGAAACAUUUUGGUUCAUAUUCAUCAGUGUAAUUUUAUAUAGAAAACUUGUAUAAUAAAAAUUAUCAAUG